AUGAAAAGAUUGCAGCAUUCCGCACCAAUCGUGACUUCUGUUAAACGGAAUCGAUCACUGAGUCGAAGUAAAGUCGAGCCCAAUCCAAUAUCAAGUCAACUCAAUGAACGUGUGCUACCAUCGCGUACAGAAUCAAUAGCAAAACCAACUAAAGCGCUUAACAAAUCCAACAUCGUUUCAGAAAGCAAGAUAUCCUUUGCAGUUGAUGAAUAUUCUUUUCUAACAUCUAAUAGGAGACCUUCUCCUAAACCAUAUCCUACAAAUUCAUUUGAUUCCUCAACAACUUCUAAUAGGACUCAACAUGGUGGCACAUCUCGUGCAGACUUGAACGUUUCAUCAUGCUCAAAUAUAGCGACGUGUAUGGGAUCUGAAAAUCAAUAUCCAAUAACAUCUGGCGCUAUUCUAUAUCCAUUCGAUGGUAAUACCCGAGAUGCAAGUCUACUAGCUAACGGUAGUCCGGUUGGCGCAUUCUUACUACUCAGCUAUAAUUACGGUGCCUACUCUGGAUCUGUGAUUCUAUUAAAUGCCACUCAACACUUUACACUUGAAGUGUGGGUAUUACCAAUAAAUGCCGCAACAAAUAGUGGUCUACAAGACGACUUUCCUAUUUUUGGACAGUGUGAUGGAUAUCUUACAUGUUUAUUAUUAACUUUUCGUUCGGGUCGUAUUCAAUUAAGCUUUAAUUCCAUGGCAACAAAUGUGACUCUUACUAGUUCAACACUGAUCCCAUAUUGGAACUGGAUACAUGUAGCUGUUGUAUAUGAUAUUACUAUUUAUCAACAACUCAUUUAUAUUAAUGACAUUAUUUAUACAGUAUCUGAAGGUAUUGUCACGCCAUUUCAAAGUUCUUCAUCACUUGCUAGUACUACUAUUGGACGACAACAUCAUCGAUUUCUAUUUUUCUAUUCAGAGUAUGAUUGA